ACCCGCAUUGCGACAGCUAUUGAGCCCUGUCGGCUCUCGCAGAUCAUCGAUAUCGAGGCGCGCAAAGUACAGUCGUUUGCCAUCGAUCUCGCGGUGAAGCUACACCUGGGCCAGGCGUCAGCAGAGGUUCCCUUCCACAUCGGCGUCAAGUGGUCGUAUGCUUCUCCCGGCCGACGGCUCAGACCAUGCGUUGAUCAAGUUCAUGUCCACGAUUUCCAUCCCGUCCAUCUCCAUCAGCUACGGCUAUCAGGGAAAGAAACCCAGCCAUCUGGAGAUGAAGGGGACCAUCUGUCUCGGCCCUCUGGAGCUGUCCCUGGACUACUCUCACAACGGCCAGGGCUGGAACCUCUCGGGGCAGCUGCACGCCGGCGCAGCCCUAGCAGCGAAGCAGGUCAAGCUGGGCGACCUGCUCAAGGAUCUGGUGGGCGAGCAUCUUGACAGCUUCCCGGAGUUCCUGCUCAACGCGACUCUCUCGCCGGCUGACAUCCAGGUCUCGUGGAAGGCGGUGCGGAAAACCAUGAAGUCGUCCGCCGUUCGUGAACCGGCGGAGGACUACAUGGUGUUCUGCCUGGUCGUCACAGUCAAGGCCUUUAGCUUCUGUUUUCUGCAGCUCCAGGACGAGAAGGGCGUCUAUCCGACGCCCACAACGGGGGGGACGAAGCCCCGGACCCAGACCCCCGUGCGCCGGCUGUUCCGCUUCUCGUGGAACGAGCUGCCCGAGAUGCCCCAGGGCAGCAUUCCGAUCGUCAAAGAGCUGCCGCGGCCGUUUGAUAAGCUCUCCUUUCUAUGGGUGAGCGCUGAUCUCACCUGUGCUCAAGUGCAGUUCCUCAACAGCGUGGCGUUUACCGAGUCGCCCGGGGAUACAAGCCCGUUGGUGUGGAAGGCAUCUAAAAAGAAGAGCCAAACCCCCGUCGAGCAGGAGAAAGAGAUUGCCCUGGUGGCAGGCUGCCAUUUCCAGGCCAUUCUGGCCGAACAGGGCAGGCCGAACUGCCUCCUGGACUAUGUGUUCUAUGGAGGCAAAAAGACCGCCGAAUCCACCGCAAAUACCGCCGGCGACGACCAGGAACAGCCCGGGCAGGACCAGCCUGGAGCCACAGCCAGCGCCCCCCUGGCCCGGGCCUCGCGGGGGCUCACCCUGCGCAACAUUGGGCUGCGCAUGGAGCACGGCAAGGUGCUGACCAUCUCGCUGGAUGCGACCGCCUCGCUAGGUCCGGUCGCAUGCGAUCUCGUAGGCUUUGCCGUGAAGCUGGACUUUUCGCAAUUCAGCUUCGACAAGGCCGGGACCGGCGGGGGGUUGGGCGUGGACUUCGCCCUCAACGGCCUGUCCCUGGCGGGCAUGGUGGUGCGCGAGACGCUCAAGGGCCAGGCGGGCGGGCGGUACCUGGGGGGGCUGGCUCUAGGGGCCGGCGCCUGGACGUUCCUGGCCGCGGGCAUGCUGGAGCAGGGGCCCGAGUACAACUCUGUGUUCGCCUUUGCCCGGCUCCAGGGCCCGCUCAUCACCUUCAGCUUCAUCGAGGUCAACGGGCUCGUCGGCGGGUUCGGGUACAACUCGCGGCUGCGACUGCCACAGCCCGAGCAGGUCGCCCAGUUCCCCUUUGUGAGCAUCAACACCGGCGGGGGGAGCGCCGAGGGGAUCGUCAACCAGUUCCACCAGCUCGUCGGCGGCCCCGACGCAAACGACGGCGCCUGGAUCAAGUCGCAGCGGGACUCGCUCUGGCUGGCGGCCGGCCUGGGGGUCAAGGCCUUCCAGGCCCUGAACGUCCAGGCAGUGCUCGCCGUCGACCUCCCCGAGCACCCGCGGUUCGGGGUCUUUGCACAGGCGGUCGCGGCCCUGCCCAAGGGCUCUUUCGAGGAGAAGUCCUUCCUGUUCUUUGACUUUGUCCUCGGCGGCACGCUGGACCCGGAACAGGGCCUGCUGGCCGUUACCGGCUUUCUGACCCCGCGCUCCUUCCUCCUGGACCGCUCCUGCCGGGUGACGGGGGGCUUUGCCCUGGCCGUCUUCACGGCGCCCUCCCCCCAUGCCGGCGACUGGGUGUUCUCUGUUGGGGGCUUCCACCCGCGCUUCCAGCGGCCAGGCCACUAUCCCCCGCCGCCGCCGCGCGUGGGCAUCUCCUGGGCGUACGACAGCCACCUCCGCAUCAGCGGCGAGGCCUAUUUUGCCAUCACCCCGCGGGCGUGCAUGGCGGGCGCCCGCCUGGACGCUGUGUUCGAGACGGACGUGCCCUUCCAUUUUGAAGCCGAGGUCGGCAUCUCGAUCUCCUUUGCCGCCAGGCUCGACUGCUUCUUCUUCACCAUCAACGUGAGCGGUAGCGUGAGCGCCGUCGUCGAGCUGUACGGUCCCCCCGUCGCGGGAGUCGCCCAUGUUCAUCUUCUCGUCCUGGACAUCUCGGUGCGCUUCGGGCAGCGGCAGUACUCCAGGCCACCGCUGGCCUGGGCCGAGUUCGCCGCGCUGGUGAAACAGGCGCCCUCGCCGGCUGAGGCCCGCCACAUACCCGACCAUCUUCUUGUUGUCACCAGGGGACUCCUGGCAGACAGUGAGGACAAGUCUACGGCCAACCCGGAUCUCUGGCGCGUCCGGGGCCCCCAGUUCGAAUUUCAGGUCCAGUCUCGCUUCCCUCUGCGGGAGGUCGUAUGCAACGGCACGUCUAGCCCGAGUGUGAACCAGCAGGGACGGCAGUUCUUCGCGGCGCCCAUGCAGCUGCAAAGCCACGAGCCGUUUGAAGUGUCUCGCCUGGAGGUGACCAUCACCACCCACAGCUCCAACCUCGGCUCAGACGCCGGUUUGAGCUUUCUAAUGACCCCGAUCGUGAACGCGGUACCCAAGGCGCUAUGGGGCGAAUAUAACCCUAAUUCGGAGCAAGAUCCAUAUGCCGUGCUGAAUGACCAGGCCACCACGAACCAUCCGAUGGGUGUUUCUCUCUGUCCCGGCAAACCCGCCGAUUCAGAAGAAAACCUGCCUCCCAUUUUCAUGAAUAAAUUCAGAACAAUCAACGUGUCCGGAUCCCACAGCUCGACGGUCAAGACCGGAGAGUUUUCCGUGCCCCUGCGAUCCCUUGCCGCAACAGAGUCCCAUUCAGCAUUUUCAUCCACUGCAACAUCUCCUGGCAAAGACGAAACACAGGCCGCGAUUUUCAGAACAUGGGAAAUAUUCAUGAAGACACAUACUGGGGGUGGCGUUGGAUUCUAA